AUGUCUUCGUCUCCCAGAGUCUGGUUAUUGCCCGGCAUGCUUUUCAGCGUGGGGAUCGCACUUCUUUUCGGCCAGGCACUGGCCUCGCCUCAUGCCCUUCAGCAGCUCCGCCGACGACAAGGCAACGACUGCCCGCCCGUACACAUAUUUGGCGCGAGAGAGACGACGGCGCCGCCGGGGUUCGGAGCCGCAGCUGGAAUCGUGGGCGAUAUCACCAAAGCGAACCAGGGGGCCACGAACGAGCCCAUUGUGUACCCUGCCUGCGGAGGGGCGGCUGACUGCUCGGGCGUGAGCUACGCCGACUCGGUGAAGAACGGGACCGCGGCUGUCGCUACGGCUGUCAACGACUUCAACAAGAAAUGCCCCCAGACGAAGAUUGUCAUGCUGGGAUUUUCGCAGGGAGCCCAAAUCAUCGACAACGCGUACUGCGGCGGCGGAGACACCAUUGAGGGCGUCGAGGGGACCGACGUGCUCAUCUCCAACGAGGCCUUGGGACAGGUCAAAGUGGCCAUCUUCAUGGGCGACCCUCGAUACGUGGCGGGACUCCCCUACGAGGUCGGAACUUGCAAGACACAAGGUUUUGCACCUCGACCCCAGGGGUUCCAAUGUCCAAACGGGGACAAUAUCAAGUCGUUUUGCGACGAGGCCGAUCCAUUUUGCUGCAACGGCAACGACCCUGUCGCGCAUCUGCAAUACCCAAGUGUCUACGGUGACCAGAUCAAGCAGUUCAUCAGCGACAAGCUGAAAUAG